CUGACUCAAUCGCUGUCUCACCAGCAACCACCGUCCUCCUGGCAGUUUAGCCUCAAGCUGGCUAACUGGCGAACAAACAGACACACAGAAACAUCUGCUCGCUUUCUUCGGUGAUGUGUUUCGCUUAAAUUUCCAGAAGUUACCGGUCGUCCAAGUGACUAAAUCGAAGACCUGCUCGAAGAUGCAGUUCAUGCUGCUGUUCAGCCGGCAGGGAAAGCUGCGGUUACAGAAAUGGUACGUGCCUCUGUCUGACAAGGAGAGGAAGAAGAUCUCCAGAGAUCUGGUCCAGACCAUACUGGCCAGGAAGCCCAAGAUGUGCAGCUUCCUGGAGUGGAGAGACCUCAAGAUUGUGUACAAGAGAUAUGCCAGUCUGUAUUUCUGCUGUGCAGUGGAAGAUCAGGAUAACGAGCUCAUCACCCUGGAGAUCAUCCACAGAUAUGUAGAGCUGCUGGACAAAUACUUCGGAAGUGUGUGUGAGUUGGAUAUUAUCUUCAACUUUGAGAAGGCGUACUUCAUCCUGGAUGAGUUCCUGCUGGGCGGAGAGGCCCAGGAGACGUCCAAGAAGAACGUGCUGAAGGCCAUCGAGCAGGCCGACCUGCUGCAGGAGGAGGCCGAGGCGCCACGGAGCGUUUUAGAAGAAAUCGGGCUGACAUAAAUCCUCCUGCCUCGCAGAGCUGGCAACCUCCCCCCGCCCUCUAUCCUUUCUUUUCACGGUGUCAGUGUUGUAUGUAUAUAAUCACCACCUAUGUACUGUAUAACUGUGUACUGUACUAUCCUGUAAUGUCCUUUUUAAUGUGGUGCCAAGUGUGGUUUUAAUGUGUCUCCUAUGUACAAGCUGUAUUCUGCAGUAUUAGCAAACUUCACCACCCCCCAGAAACCUUCUUUAAAAUCCACAGAGUACAAUGUAGCGACGACAUGAAAACUGCAGCGUCACGUUAACAUCAUCCUUCAUCACCGAUUGCAGAGCUGUAUGUGCUGUUUGAUGUAAAGGUUUGACUCUCUAUGGUGCUGUUGCAGCUUCAGUUGGUGCGUCUCGUUUGUUACCGUCACGUGGAGUCGCAGAGCUGAGAAUCCCAAGUCACUCAUAGAGACAAGCCACCUGAUUUUUCUACAUUAAAAUCCAUGUUAUUCUCUGAGAAACAAAAAAAAAAGAAAGAAAAAAUGCCAUAUCUCCAAAUGUUAAAGUGAGAAAAACAAUCUCUGGAUCGGCACCAACAGAUAAUGUGAUCUAUUCUCGGCCAGAACCCAUCCUCCAUCCAAGUUGUGCGAAAAUCUGUUCAGUAGUUUUGUCUAAUUCUGCUGACAAACCAGGCAACAAACUACACAAAACCUUAUCACUUGUUUUUCAAAUUGACAGGAUGAGUGAGUAAAAAAAGUACCAUCGAUAUAUAUAUAACAGUGUAAGUAAUGACGUUAUAGGAAAACAAAGCUCUCCUACAAAUUCCCAUAUUGUUGUUAUUAUAUCGCCGAACAUAUCAUAGAAAACAAAAUAUCUCAAUGUCAGUUUUUUUCCAGUAUCAUGCAGACUAGUUCACGUGCAAGUUGAGCAUGAAGAUGUUUUAUUUUUGGUUUCGGAGAGAUACGACAGGUUAAAAAUCUUUCUGGAACCUUUUAAGAUUGCAGAAAUGCUCUCAGACAUGCAGUAUGUGUUGCUACAUAACCUGGAUUAAUGUGUUUCCAGGCAGUAUUAUAGUUGCCGCCUGUCUCAAAACCAUAUCAUUUCGUUUGGUUCUCCCUGGAGAUUUCACACCCCGGGUUGCAGACAAAUUGGCCUGGUGAAAGUGAGGUUUAUGUAAAUACAGAUGAUGUCGUUAUUCUACAGCCAUGACACUGUGCAGUCAACACGAAACGUUCCAAAGCAUAAACCUCGUCUUUUGCCUUGUAUUUAUUUUCCAAACGAUCCAGACAGUUCUCAGCUCCGCGGCUCGGAUGUGAUGGUAACCCGACGAGCGGCACCAACUGCUGCUCGUGCUUUUGUGGGAAUCACUGCACUGUUACAAUCACGUACACACGGGAUCAAUCAGCCCAACAAUUCAGUGAUAUUAAAACAAAUUACGCCUGAUCGGUAUCAGUGUUCAUGUCAAAUCGGUUUGUGUUUGGUGAUCCUCCUCCACUAAUUCAUCAUUUCAUAUUUGUUUUUUCCAAGACUUAUUGUUUACCUUCGAUGAACAUGAGCUGUGUUCCUGUAAGAAGUGUCUUUGUGUUAAAGUCGUCAUUCUGUUGUCUUAAAAUUUCCUGCAAUUGACUUAUUUUCCUGACACAAACAUUUGUUUCACAUUGAAGUUUGUAAAGGCCUCUGGGGAUAAAAUCUUAGGUCGGUGUCUCUUUCAGUCUUAGGUCAGGAUAAGAUAGUGACCCUGAUGAAUAAAAAAAAAGAAAAAAAGAAAAGAGAAACACUAUUUUAUGUAUUAUUAUAGUUUGGCUUAUUAACAUUUGACCAAAGAACACUGUGUUUUACCUUCUCUAUGGUGUCUACGGAAGCCUGACAUGGCAGAAAAGGGAUGUAGGAUGAUUAAUGGAAACUUGAGAGUUAUUUGGCCACAGCACACCAAUAAAACGUCAGUAUCCAUUAGAGGACGGGUCGAUCCUGAGUUUCUUUAUGGAGUAGAAACAGAAGAAGAUGAAGCACACAUAUCAGGGUACAUCAUCAGUUCUCAUUACUGUCUGAUUGUUUAACUCGUCAACAAGCAAACAGCUAAUGAAUUGAUCCUCAUUCCAAACUGUAUUCAGUCACAUUUUUAGCUGCAAGUGUUUUUGUUGAACAUUCAGGAGUAAUUAUGAAACGAGUUCAUCCUUGAUUUGAAAUCACUUUUGUAUUAAACACUGCCAACACAUUUGCCAACUUUUUCUUUCUUAUAUUUGAAAGUUAUUAACAAUAAAUGUAUUAAAAACA